CAGUCCAAAGCUGCGUAUGUGAUGCAAGGGAAGGAACAACAACUUGUACAAAAAUUAUGAAAGCAACGCUUCUUGACUAGCGGAGCCGUGUGACCACAAGAGACAAAUCCUCUACAAUAUCUUUUUCUGUUCGUCGUACCAACUUGUUAAUUCUCUUGAUUGAAGAAUGAAAAUUUUGUGCUUGUUUUUCAAGUGAAGUAUCACUUGAUUGGGUAGGCCGAACAAGAAACACAAAAAAUUUAAUUAUUUAUCCCACAAAACCUCUCACUCAAAAGGGCUAAAAAUGAUUAAAAAAAAAACAAUUAUGCUGUUUAGAGUAAGCAUUGUCGUUGAUGCUUUGAAUGCUCUCUAGACGUACCCCUGCUUCCAUAUAAAAACAUGUUCUUUUCUUUCUCCUCUGCUCUGCCACAACAUUUACUUGGAGCAUUUCUCAGUCCGUGAUAGAAACUUAGUUUUCUUGGUUUCAUUCAAUGCAAAGCAGCUAUGCCAGAGCUCUGUAUUCUGCCAAUCCACAUCAACGGUGAACAAACAUUCUUUCUGAAUGAGAAGAUUCUAUCAACAUACUCAGGAAAGUUGAAGAAAAUCAUCAACCAAGAAAAGAAAAGAAGCCAGAUCAAGAAACCGGGCAUCGAAAUCUGCGACUUCCCGGGAGGUGCAUACGGGUUUGAGCUGGUUUCUAGAUUCUGUUACAACAAUGGCAGAAUCUCAAUCACAAUUUCAAAUGUAUCCCUUCUCCACUGUUGUGCAGUCUGUCUUGGGAUGACUGAAAAGGUUUCAACCUGCAAUCUUUUGCAGCAAACAGAAUCCUUUCUAGAGGGAAUGCUUGACUGGUCUUGGAGUGAUAUACUUGUAGGCCUGAAUAGCUGCGGUUCUUUCUUUACACAUGCAGAUUCAUCUGGCCUUGUUCAAAAGCUCAUAUGUGCACUGUUAGCAAAGAUUGCUCAAAAUUCAGAUGUGAACUUCAUCACUUCGUCUUCGUCGUCUUCAUCUUCUCCUGAAACUUCAUCUUUUAGAUUAUCCUCCUCAUCCAAAGCCACCCCUGAUUCAAUCAAGCCAUCUUCCUCAAGCAGAGCAUGGUGGUUUGAUGACCUGGCCAUUUUACCCCCAAAGAUCAUUGAAAAAGUCAUUCAGAGUCUAGGGGCUUAUGGAACUGAUAACAACAGUUUAGUGCUCACAAAAUUUCUCCUUCAUUACCUGAAAACUGCAGCUCAAAACAAAGCUGAUAAUAAUACAUACUCAAGGUGUGAGUAUAGUUCUCUUGCAGAUACUGCUAUUCAUGGUGUUAUUAUGGUGGGAAGAAAAGCAUUUUCUUGCAGAAGCCUGCUUUGGGUUUUAAGGGUUGUCUCUGGUUUUGGUCUGAAGAAAGAUUACAGAGUUGGGUUGGAGAAAUUGAUUGGAGGUAUGCUUGACCAAGCAACACUAGAUGACUUGCUGGUGUCUGGGAAAGACAGGGGUGUUUAUGAUGUUAAUCUAGUUUCAAGAUUGAUUAAGAUAUUUGUUAGUAAUGAUGAAAAGUCUAUAUGCAAGAUGAAGAAAGUUGGUAGAUUGAUUGAUAAGUAUUUGUGUGAGAUAUCUCCUGAUCAAAACCUUAAGAUCUCUAAGUUCCUUGGAGUAGCUGAGAGUUUGCCAGAUUGUGCCAGAGACAGCUUUGAUGGGGUCUACAGAGCCAUUGAUACCUAUAUUGAGUCACACCCCAGCCUUUCAUCUGAGGAACGAUCAAGAAUAUGUGGAUGCCUUAACUAUGAGAAGCUGAGCCUUGAAGCGUGUAAAGAGCUGGCAAAGAAGCCUAGAAUUCCUCCUGGGAUCGCGGUUCAAGCGCUCAUAUCUCAACAGUCAAAAAUACCGACGAAGGAUCCGGAGUUGGUUUAUGGGAGCCCGACCACAAGCAUUGGCCUGGAGAGUUUGUCGGAAGAGAACCAAGAUAUGACACUGAACCUACAGCGGAUGCAAUGGAGGGUAGUGGAGUUGGAGCAAGUGUGUAGGGAGAUGAAGGGUCAGAUGACAAGGUUGGUUAGGCAUAAUGUCUUGACCUCCAUUCCUGGUCACAGCAGAUCUUUGCCCAGACUUUGUUGAAUAUAUAUACCUCGUUCUCUUUCU